UAAGUGUCAAUGUGAGGUGCCGUGUUUUCUGAAAGGAGAUGUUUAUGUAACAUGGAUGGAAGGAGUCUCCAGUGUCAGAGCUUUUAGCAGUCAGAGGUAAAGCUGUAAGUUUUCAGCAUCUUCAGGAUGGACGAGUUUGUGAUUUUAUUUUCACAAAAUCUGGAAAAGAAAUCGAGUUGUGUAACUGAAGGUAUUUGUGAAUCCACAACUGUGAAAGAUUGCUGAAUAAAUCCAGAUGUUUGCAGAUGGUGAUUUAUUUGGAAUCGUGCCAUGCUGGAUCGAUGCUGGACAAGCUCUCAGACUCAAACGUGUAUUCGGUCGGCUCCUGCGGUCCUGAUGAGUACGCGUACGCUUGGUGCUGGGAUGAGGAAAGAAACACGUUUCUGGCUGAUGUUUUUACUUCGUACUGGCUGCACCACACCGAGAGCUCCAAUCUCAGCUUGACUUCGUUUGAGGAUCAGUAUUCGUACGUGAAGGAAAACGUUCGCAACGCCGUGAAAAAGAGAAGAGGGAAGAUUCAGACGCCGAGUAACUACGGGUGCAAGGGAAUGCUGAAGGUAAUGCUGAGUGAAUUUCUUGGUGACUCAGUCAGCGAGACCCUCACGUCCCAGCCCCUGAAUGCUUCAGUGUCUGAUAUAGCAGAUGCUGCAGAAGUUCCCCUGAUAAUCCAAGAAAACAGGAUUACAAAAGAACAGGACCCGGAAAAACGUCAGGUCCUGGAAAAGCAAUACAACAAUCUGAUUAGAAAAAGGAUGAUGAUGGAUGAGGUGCUGCAGAAGAUUGCUGACCGCAUUGGAGCUUUAGGAGCUCUACUUGAAAAACGUGAGGUGACUCGUACCUAUGAGCUCAAAGUGGUGGCUGAGCAUUUCAAGAAAAUCCUCUUUAACUGGGAGGAGGAGCAGUUUGUUGUCACUCGUUCUCACCUGCAGGUGUUGGUGAAUCUGUGCGAGUGUGGCUUGGAGGUUCAGAGCAUCACUGAAGCCAUUACUCACGUGAGCCAAGAGAUUACGUUCUGAAGAAAUCACACACUUCUUCACAAUCUUCAGAGUAUUCCUAUUAAAUUACAUAUUCAUCUGAAAUUCUUUAUUGUGACUAAAAUCACAUCUCUGCCAAGAUUCAGAAUAAAAACCUU